GGCUCGUCAGCUUUUCUAUUCUCGCCAUCGUGGAUGGCGAUCGUACCGUGAUGAAAAUCACAGUAGGAUCGCACUGUAAGUCCGGGUUGGUCGCAGUCGCACAAGUGUAUACUCGCGACGGCUGCUAGCUCGGAACUGGGGAGUAAAUAAUUAUUAAACCUUGAUCUCUAUUAUACUGGCGAGUACGAUUCUACCGAAAACACGGAUAUUCGGUACUCUAUUUUCGUUGCUUCACUAGCUGGCACAUCCCUGAUCAUCGCUCAUGUGACAGAUGUCAAGCGAUGACCUAACCUCCAUGUUUUUGGUGGUUUGUUUUCAUUUGAGUAAUUUCUUGGUGAUUUCAGUGACAGGUGGAAAUCGGUCAAAUUAUAGCCAUUUUCAUGGUAUACAUCAUUGUAUACAUAUAAUAUGGCAGUCGAAGAAUCAAACCUCUAUCCGCAGAAGGAAAAAACAAGGUGCCGAAUUUGUUAUGAAGUAACUGAAGAGGGCUACCCACUCAGGGGCAAAAUCCCCAAUGUGGACACAGAUAUUGCAGAUAUGCUCACGUAUUGCACUUUAGUAGACCUAGAUGAAAUUGAGAGCCUACCUACGACAGUAUGCACACAAUGCUUCAAAACAUUAAGAAUAGCCUAUAUUUUCAUAAAACGUUUUAAAGAAACCAAUGAAUGGUUGGUAGAUCAGCUAAUAAAGAAGGAACUAACAGAUGAUCACAUGUACACAAAGAGUCACAAUACUGAGAGUUCACAUGAUACAGCAGAUAAUGAUUUAACCACAGAAGAUAUGAGGCAUUCGUAUGAACAAGACAUAAUUGAUGAAGAAUUAAUAGAGCCUCUACAAGAGCAUGAGGAGGUGCAGCAAGACAAUCAGCAAAUUCAGAUUAUUCAAAUAGUAGCACAAGAGCAAGGAGACGUGGAGCAGUUUGAGGGCGAAAAUAUGGAAGAACAUAAUACAUUGUAUAUGGUGGACACAACUGCAACUGAUAAUAUUAUUACCAUAAGCAACUAUGAAGACUUUGAAAAUCUCACAGAGGAUACACCUGAGCUAGAAAUACCUGAUGAAGAUGACCCAAAGGCUGAUCAAGAAAAUGAAAUAGUUUAUGGACACCAAAUCCAACAGCAGCUGAUAAGCUACCUAAAUACAGGUAGUGGCAUAAAGGCAGAAGGUGAAGAAAAAAUUUUCAUUAAUCCUCCAAAAUUCAAGUUUAGAAGACGGUACCAUAAGCAGUAUGUCUGCCCUAAAUGUCCUGAUGAAAGGCUAACGGACAGCGAAUUCUACCACCACAUAGUAAAUCACGGCAGAAACAGAGAUGGUAUGUUCCAAUGUAACCAAUGCGAUUUGGCUAUACUGAUGAAUGCAGGAGAGUUUUAUGAGCACUGCAUGAAGAUGCACAGGUACCACUGUGUAAUAUGCAACGAGUCCUUUGGUAAAAGAGGAACGCACUAUGCUCACAUGAGGCGACAUAGUAAUAUCAGGUACACAUGCAGCUAUAAAGGCUGCAACAAGUCAUUUAUAACCCCCUGGAGCCUCGAGAAACACGAACAUCUGCACACGAGCAUUGAACGUUACAAGUGUGAGGAUUGUAACAUAGGCUUCAAAACAUAUGACACGUACAGGUACCAUUUGAAGAAGCAUAAGGGAAGGAAGUACCUGUGCACUUUCUGCGGAAAAUCCUACUUGCAGAGCGUGCAUUUGAAGUACCACCUGUGGAACCACAGUGGAGUGAAACAGUUCAAGUGUGAACAAUGUCAGAAGUGUUAUACGUCGAUAACUGUGUUGAGAAAGCAUAAAAGGAAAGUACAUCCUGACACUUAGUUGCAGUGGGACACAGUGAUCAAAUAUUUGUAACUGUGAAUGUAUUGAAAUAUCCAUAGUCUGUAAACGAUAAGAUUUAAAUAAUAAAGAAGACAAAGAUCGA